UUGCAACGGCCGACAGGAAAAUUGCAAAUUCCCUCAAGGAUUUGCAAAGCGUUUUCCAAAUUUGCAAAGCAGAUUAUGAAAAUUCCAAAUGAGUUAGGAACUCAAAAGAGGAACGCUUCACGUAGUUUACCUGUAAAUAAACUAAACCUUCAAAAGAAGUACCUCUCCUAAAAGCGUGCUAGCGGUUAAAUAGAGAAAUUAUAAUACAUGGGUGCGCAGAUUUAUUUUGAGUGUUGAACAUGAUAUCUCACAAGUGAGCACAGCAAAAGAGUGAGAUAUCAUGUUCAACACGAGGAAUUACUGGAAUUCAAUCAUUGGAUCGACAGUAAAAUUGUAUAAUUGUAGCUAGUAAUUUGUAAAAAAAAUCACAAGUAUGCAAUUACUAUAUGUCAUACUGUGUAUCUUUUUCUUUGUAGAAGCAAUUAAGCAUCAUUUGCUACAGUGGUUCCAUGAGAAGAAUCGUAAAAUAGAAGAUGGAUACAAUUAUGAGGUAAACUUAUUUGAAUCACUUUUAGUUAGUACGUCCAUUUCUGUCUGUCAUGUGACUGAUCACUUUCUGUUAUUAUCAUGGUAUGCGAUUAAUGUGCAAGUUGCUAAUGUGCAUACUGCAUAUAGUUGUAUCAUACUGUGUAGUGUGAUGUUACUCCUUGAGCGCUGACAGCUUAUUUUGAUUUCUCCCCUUAAAGAUACCCCAUACACCGGCAAAGCGGGCAAAACGAAGUGAAGAUAGCACAAACAGUUCAUGCUCUGAUACAUGGAGCACAGACUCUGUGCAAAGCUCAGAGACUGAAGGUAGGAAAUGCUUGUAGAUUGAAAUUCUUACUUACUGUACAGAUUUAAUGAUGGAAUAGAAACAAUAGACCGGUUUAUUGCAAUUUCCCAAUGGCCUAUUUUCCAUGUUUUGCCUAUUUUAGAAUGCUGGCAGACAGGUUAUAUGACCAUGUUUAUAAUUUUGAUCUUAAACCCAACCUCAUGUCUAAUCCUUACCCUUCUGUGUACAAAAUGUACGGAAACGAGACAUUUUGAGAAAGUGCAAUAAACAGGAGGUCUCUCGUAUUAUUGUAUUAAAGGUUUAACAUUUUUUGUACUGUAGGUGACUGCGAUGAUGAACCGAGUGAUGAUAUAGCUGACUUGAGCUUAAAAUCUGCACGCUCUAUCAUGUUGGCCACGUUUAAGGUCCUGUCAUUGCAGCAUCUUACCGUACGAAACCAUCUUUUGCCAUUAGGAAAAGUCCUAAAAGUUAAAUGCCGUUCGCAAGGGAAAUAUGAAAUGGUCAUACCCUUAGCCAAAGCACUGAUUGAUGCUCACCACGUUGAAAUUGAAUCAGAGGGUAUAAUUAACUACAAGAACAUUUUGAGAAAACAAGUAAAAGUAGUCACAGCCAUUGAUGAACUUCUAUAGCAGCUGUGGCGGAAACAAACUAUACCAUUAUAAUUAUUAUACGCUCUAUUUAAUAUAUAAUAUUUAUAUUUCUGUUUACAUUAAGAAAGUUUGAUGGUACAUAAUAUAUAUCAUGCGUUUUUUGUUGUUGAUCAU